AUGUGUUUGAAUUUGGUUGACUUUUACCGAUUUUCUAUAGCCUGGACACGAAUUAUUCCAGAUCCAAUAGCUUAUAGAACUGGUAGAAACAAAAGCUUAAAUCAACCUGGAGUCAAUUACUAUAAUAAUGUAAUCAACGAGUUAGUUAAAUACAACAUUAAACCUUUGGUCACUCUCUAUCACUGGGAUUUACCACAAAGUCUUCAGGAGAAGAUUGGAGGAUGGAAUGGCUCUGAAAUAGUAGAGUAUUACAAUGACUACGCAGACGCAGCAUUUAAAACAUUUGGCGACAGGGUCAAACAUUGGAUCACGUUUAAUGAACCCUGGGUAAUCUGUUGGAUGGGACACGGUUCUGCGGAAUAUGCACCCGGUAUCAAAGAACCUUCUGUAACACCAUACAGAUGUGGUCAUCACAUUAUCAAGUCACACGCAAAAGCAUAUGAUACAUACAAGCAGCGGUAUAAAACUACACAGAAAGGUAUCGUUGGUAUAACGAUGAAUUCUGAUACUAUGCAUCCUAAAAAUGAAAGUAAUCAAGAACACAUAGAUGCUGCAGAGCGUGGACAACAGUUCAUGCUUGGUUGGUUUGCUCAUCCUAUCUACAAAGAUGGCGAUUAUCCACAGGUUAUGAAGGAAAACAUUGGUGAUCGUUUACCUAAUUUCACUUCACAGGAAAUUAAACUCAAUAAAGGUGCAUCGUCUUUUAAUAAUGCAUGA